AGGUCAUUUGUCAAAAACAUGGCAAAUAGCUCAGUUGGUUUGGUAAGGGAGCUAUUCUCUCACUUAAACCACUCCCAUAUUAGGUAUCCUAUCUCGUCUUAAAGUUCCCCCGCAUUACCCAUAACUUACCACCUGUAUCUCCGGAACUCAAAUCGCAAAAUGACAAUGCUUUCGAUAGUCUGUACUAAAUUACUUUGUACGAAUGCACAUCUCGGCCGUCGGGUAGCUGAUCACCAUUUCAAAGUCUAUAUCCGUGGUUCAAGAAAUGGAAUUGCUAUUCUCGAUUCAGACAAGACACUGAUUUGUUUACGAAACGCUCUUCAUUUUAUAGGAUCUCCCAUUCGUCAAAAAGGCCGUUCCUUCUUUUUAAAGACCAAUCAUUUAUUUAUUUAUGAGAUAACGGAAGAAAUGGCGAGCUAUUUAAGAAGCUAUUUAAGAAAUGUGAAUUCUCAUUGUUUCGAUGAUUCUCAAUGGAAGAUCGGGGCGUUUUUGACCAAUUCUUUUGCAAAUAAAAAAAAAUUCCGUUCAAGAAAGAAGAAGAUCAAUUUUGGGUUGAACCAACAACCUGAUUGUGUGGUUAUUCUGAAUGCAGAUAGAAAGUCUUCGGUCAUACUGGAAGCUGAUCGAUCACAAAUACCUAUUCCAUCCUUAGUUGAUUCUACGAUCCCAUGGGAAUCCUAUAAAAGAAUCACUUAUCCCAUCCCAGCGAAUGAUCCUAUACAGUUCGUAUAUCUAUUUCGUCAUUCGAUCAUGAAAACAGUGAUUCUUAAACAGAAUGCGAUUAGUAGAGAGACACCACCAUCUCUUAGCAGAGUCACUUUUAAGACGGUGUCCACUGGCAUGCACUCCACCUCUUCACCCCGAGGAAGAAAAGUGUCUCUUGUGAGACUGAACCCCAUGAGAACCGUUUCUUCGGCUGUCUUUGAAUUAUUAGCGGCAGCCCAGCCCUUCUUUACCAAUACUACUGAGAGUCUACCCCAGCCACAAGGGGGGGCUGCUCAAAUAGUUCAGGAGACGCCAGCCCCACAAGGGUUCACGGAGCUCCAACCUAUACAAGGGCCAGCUAUACCUUUAAGUUUGCAACUCGAUUUUCAAUCCCAAGCUCAUUUUCUUGACUGUAUGACAAGACAUGCAAUUGGGGAGAAUAAUAUGUUUUAUAAAAUUCCUGGUCGUCUGCAUAACCCAAUAUUAGAAAAUUAUGGAGGUGCAGGUCCAAGUACUUCGACUCCACCGAUAUUAGAAAAUUAUGGAGGUGCAGGCCCAAGUACUUCGAAUCCACCAAUGGAUUUAUCUCCAACCAUGGAUAUGGAUGUAUCUCCUACCAUUCAUGUACCUCUUAGCAAAGAGCAAAUCUAUUUCAAUUUGGUGCAUCUUGAUGCCACUAGGAAAACCUCGGGAUUAUCCCAAGAGAAGCUUAUGACACUAGUAGAGAUAAUUUAUAUUAAGAAAUCGUCAAUACUAGCGGAGCUAAUGGAUAAAUCUGGCCCUCAAAAUUGCCACAUCCUUUGGAAUACGGAUGGUGCUGGCAAUGCCAUCCGAAAAGGAAACGGAGAAGAAUAUGAUGUAAAAACCUUAAGGGAGAUCCUUAAAAGUUUGCGAAGUAAUGAGGAAUUACGUAAAAGUCAUUAUUUGGGGGGAAUUUGGAAAAGAAGGAUUUCAGACCUCCCUAAAGCCAAAUUAAAACUUUUAAGAGUGGAAGAUAUACCCGGGGGGGAUAUACGAGAUUCUUUGACCCAGAGAAUCGGGCCUGACUGGGAUAAAUUAGAUUCGAUGAACCAGAAAAACCUCUGGACUGAGUGGAAAGACUUUGAGAACCCGACCAACCUCCGGAAUCCCGAGGACUGGUAAUGAGAGGUUCCUAGAUGUGGGGAAAUAAGUUCUUCAUUUGAAGAGUUAGUUGGCUGGCCUACCGGCCCGCAGAUGUAGAGAGGUUGCCCCCGCCAUCCUCUUGAACUGCGAAAUCAAAGCGAUUCCUGUUGAUGGAAGAAAGGCUAAUUUCGUUUGAUCCGAUCCGCCUAUGCCAGUUCGAGUCUGGCGAGUCGCUAUCAUCUGUUGCCCUAACUUUUUCUAUUAGCUCAUCUUGUCCGUAGUGAUAUUUUGGAGAAGGAGCAAUUACCGGAGUGAGAAAGGUAGAAAGAAGCAAUCACGAAAGCUAGUGCUAGUUGUGGCUUUUUGUACUAAUCUUGUUUGUUCGGUAGCUCGCAUCAGCAGCUUUAAAAGGAAUAGAAAACGAGGCUUUUUCCACCACACCAGGGGCGGGCAUUACGCUCAAGCAGGGGAAGUCAAUUUGACUGCUGCUCGAGAACCUGUUUGAACAAGAAGAAGUAGCAUGGCUCCAGCGGGGCGGAGCCAAUUGGCUACGACAUGGUGACCGAAAUACAAAUUUUUUCCACCACUUUGCAAUUGCAAGAAAAAAGAGGAAUCUGAUCAAGUACUUGAUGAGCGAUACUGGAGAUCGAAUAGAAGGUAAUGACUUACUCGGUGCACAUAUUUAGGGCUAUUUCUCUCAUCUGUUUACCUCCGAGGUCCUAGCUCCAGACCCGGAUGUGAUUAACAAGGUGCGGGCGAGGGUCACGCAGCAGAUGAAUGAGAGUCUCCUGGCUCCAUUCACAGCAGACGAAAUAAAGAAAUCACUGUUCAAUAUUGGGGAUUUGAGGGCCCCGGGACCAGACGGGCUUCAUGCUGUAUUUUUCAAGCGUUUCUGGCCGAUGCUUGAGAAUGACUUAGUGACUGAAGUACUCCAGGCCGUGAACACAAAACAUAUCUGAGGGCUGGAAUGACACAGUGAUCGUGCUGAUACCAAAAGUGGAGAAUGCAGAAAAGGUAACGCAAUAAAGACAAGCCUAUGUAACGUUAUUUAUAGGGUGAUUAACAAAAUGCUUGCCAACCGGGAAUAUUACCAGAGAUUAAUGGUGCUUCCUGAAAGAAAUAAUGCUUAAGAUGGGGUUUGCACCAAGAUGGGUUUCUUUGAUGAUGGAAUGUGUAUCAUCUGUAAAGUACCUUGUUCGGUUUAAUGACCAUGAAACUGAUAGUUUUGUACCCUCAAAAGGGCUUCGCCAAGGAGACCCCCUCAGUCCGUACUUUUUCCUUUAUGUGCAUAGGGGCUCUCAAGCUUGUUACUUCAUGCUGAGGAGAACAAUAAUCUUUCGGGAGUGAAGGUGUGCCGGGACGCCCCCUCGGUGUCACACCUCUUGUUUGCUGACGACUCCCUCAUUUUGAUGAAGGCUGAUGCAAGUAAUGCAGCCUGUCUGAAGAACUGUCUUGAUUCUUACUGCGCCUCAUCUGGCCAGCUGGUAAGCGACGGUAAAUCAAGCAUCUAUUUUAGUCCUAAUACUACUGUUGAUCAUAGAGUGGAGGUUUGCACAGCUUUGAACAUCAUGACCGAAGCUCUAACAGAUAAAUACGUGGGACUACCGCCCCUGGUUGGCGCAGAGAAAAGUCACUGUUUUAAA